AGCCAGAGCAGAUUAGCCUUUGGUUUCUCAGACACUCCACUUCAUCGCUAUCUCUCUCUCUCUGGGAAGGAAGAAAUGUCUGGGACAAGACUGGAGCAGCAGCUCAAGAGCUUCAUCAGCUCCUUGCGUGAGCAGGGCAUUUUGGACCACCGCUUUAAUCAAAUGAAAGAGUUAGAAAAUGAAACUCCUGGUCUGGUUAUGGAAGUGAUUACCCUGGUUCUUCGCGAUGGCGACGUUGGGAUAGAAGAACUCACAAGAAAUCUGAGAGAACGUGAUAUCAACUAUCCUAAGGUGGCAGAUCUUGCCCACAAGCUCAAGGGAAUUGGCUCCAGUGUUGGUGGUUGCCGGGUGGCCACUGCUUGUGUAGAGCUCCGACAAGCAAGUAAUGCGAAAAACAAACAAAGGUGCCUUGCAGACUUUGACGCAGUCAAACGUGAAUAUCUUGUCUUGCGGGAAAGUUUGAGUCACAUUCUUCAGAUGGAACGCACAAUCAAUGCUGAUGCCCAAAAGGCGACGUGAGUAAAGAGCUGGUUCGUUCGGCCUUCUAGGAACGCUGUCUCCAGAAGAUCAGAUGG